UCUGAGGACAAAAUGUUCAGACACAUGGUGGGAGGAGCUGCGGCAUGAAGAAGCGCCCGGUGUGUUCGAGAGGUCCGGCUGGAGUCGCAGAAUGGAGACCCCCACUUGGGCUCUGCAGACCGCCGUAGCGCCUCUUAGGAUGCUCCCUUUCCUGGCACUGGUGGCAGGCUGCGGGAGGCGUCACUGUGUGGACGCAAAGGCGGUCACAGGCCAAGGUUCUAUAAGGGGCCUUGGGGCCUGGCUACGUACCCAGUGGCAAAUCUCCACCCGGGACAGCAGGCUGAGAAAGGAAGGUACCUCUCACCCAUUCAGAGGCUUGGCCCAAAAACAACUACUAUACUGCCGUGUUGGCAUUGGCUAUCACUUACAAAUCCUGCCCAAUGGCAGCACUGGGGGUGUGCAUGAGCCCACGGAGUACUGUUGGCUGAAGGUGUUCUCCAUGCAUUGGGGUGUGGUGGGAAUUAAAGGAUUGAAAAGCAACCUCUACCUGUGUAUGUCCAGUGCAGGGAUUGCCUGGGGAUCGGAGCACUUCAUGGCUGAAUGCCUGUUCAAGGAGGACAUGGAAGAGGACCAUUACACCACCUACGCCUCAGUCUCCCACCCGGGCCUUUACUUGGCCCUGUCCCGCAAUGGCCAGGCCAAGAGGGGCAACACUGUGCAGAAAGAGAAUCCCUGCGCCCACUUCCUGCCCCGCCUCCAAACAUGACUCUGUCUGAAUCAAAUCCAGCCUGCCUCUGUGGCUGAAGACUAGUCUCCAUGGAAACGCUGGAAUACGACAUAUUGCUGAAAACCAGAUGUGAUUAAAAGAUGGAGGGGGGCGGGGCAUAACCUAAAGGAGGUGUGGUCAGCCCUGCUCAAUGGAGCUGGGUCAGCCUGUAACUCAGUAAGAUGAUGCCAGGUAUCAGGGAGUCAGUAUGUCUGUAUACAUCUUAUUUAUAUAGUCAAAUUUAAUUUAUUUUUCAUCAUAUGUAUCAUAUGUAUUUAUUACAUUUUAUUGCAUUGCUUAGUCAUUGGCUUUUAACAAGCCACUUGGGAAAAUGAUGACACCUGAACAUGUAUUGUGAAUCACUGUGCCUUCUGCACUAAUGUGAGCUUUCCUAAGACUGCUCUGCUAUGAGCAUUUCAGCUUCUUACUCUCAGAGACAUCGGCAAGAUGCAGACCUGCAAUCUAAUGUAAGCAUGACACCAAAAAGAGUAACAUCUGAGAGUGCUUUGUCACCAUAAGCCUGCAUUUUAACAGAUACCGCUGGUCACUAUAAUGUUACUUAUUUCAUGAGCCUUUAUUAAACUGUCUUUAAGUUCAGGCUUUGAAUUUCCAAAAGAAAUUCCCUUAAGACUGUGAGUCAUCCAAUGAAAACCCCUUGAAAAUACAUUCAAUAAACAGAGUCAAUUGACUGUGUAUUUUAAGCAAAACCAGUAAUGAAGAGACUCUGGACCUCAUUCAGAGAGGCUGGGAGACUGCGUUCGGUUUUUCGAGGGGUAAUUUUGUAAUUAAAGGGAAUAAAUGAUUUCUUUCAAAGCAGACUUUGACACAAUCGUUUGUAAAGAAAUGAAUAUUUAUAUGUGAAAUACCUCAAUUGAUUUAGAAUUAAUGCCAGGCUUACCUGGCGAGUCUAGCAUUUGUCGGUGUAGGUGCUGUCGUGUUUGUGGUUGCUAGUGCUGUCGCUGCUGGCCGUAGUGUCGGUGUCCUUGUUUCCCUCAGUUGUCUUUAGCUACUUUUUGUAUCACUCAAUAAAACUCUUUAACUGGCA